GCGUCACACACGCCCCUUUCUUUAUUUCCCUGCGCUGCGCGACGCGUGUUGGUUCGCGCUCGUCUUCUGCUGCAGAGAGUGGCGCUCGUGACGUCAUCCUGCUGGAGAGGCUGCUGGGCACGGGCGGAAAAUGGGCACAGAUCUGCGAGGACAAAAGUUUUGCACUGUGAGGAAAAGCGAUUAAGUGCCAGAAAUAGGCCUAACAGCAGUCAAGACCUUAUUGAAGAACUAAAUCAAGAACUUGUGACUCAGAGGGAGCAUGUGUGAGGAUCUGCUUUUCCUUGCUCAGCCCGCAGCAAACCCAGUGCCUCUGAGAUGAGUGGUCCUCUGUGGUGCCCGGCCACUGUCCCUGCCUGCUUUUGGCAGCGCUUGGUGGCGUGAGCAGAUUGCUCCAUCCUGGCAUCCACGGGAGCGUGGAAUGGCCUCUUUGGACCUGCCGUACCGUUGUCCUCGCUGCGGGGAACACAAACGCUUUCGGAGUCUGUCGUCUCUACGUGCCCAUCUGGAGUACAACCACACCUACGAGACCCUGUAUGUGUUGUCCAAAUCCAACAGCGUAUGCGAUGCCGCUGCGCUGCUCCCCCUAGUGGCCGACGGAGCCCUCGCCGCCGAAUCUCGUUUUCCUUACCGCGAACUGGCCUGCUCUGGAGAAGAGCUCGGGCUUACGCCUUCAUCUACUGCUUGCUACCUACCCAAUGUGGAGUUUCCUCUAGGCGAGAUCCUGGUGAAGACAGCUAUGAGCUCCGGCGACGCCUUGUCCUCUACAGGGAACAACGCCGUGGCGGUGGCCGCUAAUGUGGCCGCUAGUGCGGUGGAGGCGGCUUACGAGGAGGGCCUGGCUCGGUUGAAAGCUCGAGCGUUUGAGAGGCUCGAGCUAGACGAGAGACUAGAGAAGCUGUCAGAGGAGGUGGAGCAGAAGAUCGCGGCACGUGUCGGCCGUCUGCAGGCAGAACUGGAGAGGAAAAGCUUGGAGCUGGAAAAGGCAAAGGUGGAGAGCGAGAGGCUCAGUCAGGAGAAGCAAGACCUGGAGGACAAGGCCACUGAGCUUUCACGGCAAGUGGAUGUGUCUGUGGAGAUGCUGGCCAGCCUUAAGCAGGAUCUGGUUAACAAGGAGCAGGAGCUCUCACACAAACAACAAGAGGUGGCCCAGAUCGACCACUUUCUGCAGGAAACGGCUGCGCGUGAAGCCAAUGCUAAAGUGCGUCUUCAGCAGUUCAUCGAGGAGCUGUUGGACCGGGCCGACCGUGCUGAGAAACAGCUCCAGAUCAUCAGCAGCUGUGCCACCACCCCCAACGGCAGCCUGGGACACUGCAGUCUGCAGGGAUCCAAACCUAAUGGACGACAGAGAAAUUCCAGUAUCUCUGGGGCAUCGAGGGGAAUGUACCAAGUGUCUGAUCGACGUUCCUCCCCCAGCACUGCCGCAUCAGGACGAGGGAAGUCUGUGUCCCAGGGCUCAGGAGGUUACGACAGUGACAGUGUGGACCUCCAUGCUCUGGAGGACUGCCCUGAUGCUCAGUACUACCACGUCCAGUGCCGACUCGGGGAAGGAGGCGGUGGAGGAGGAGGAGGAGGAGGAGGAGGAUACGAAAGAGUGGCUGCUUCCCGGAGCUGGGGUCUCCGCAAACAGGCCAUCCAGAACUGGCAGCGCCGGCCGUACCGGAACAGCACGGAGGGAGAGGAGGGUGAUGUAUCUGACGUAGGAUCCCGCACCACCGAGUCCGAGGCUGAGAUGUGGGAGCAAGACAGGAGAGCAGAGAGCCAGCACGGGGGAAACCGAGGAGGAUACAAACUAGCUACAGGUCGUUCUGAAGGGGGAUACAAGCCUUGUCGCCAUGAGAAAAGCCCCUCCAAAGUCAAUGAGGUGAUAAGUCCUGAGGUGCUGAAGAUACGUGCUGCUCUUUUCUGUAUCUUUACCUACCUGGAUAUGAAGACACUCCUGCGCGCGGCCGAAGUGUGCCGGGAUUGGAAGUUUGUGGCUCGUCACCCGGCGGUGUGGACCAGAGUGCUGCUGGAGAACGCUCGCAUCUCUUCCAAGUUCCUGUGCACUCUGUCUCAGUGGUGCACACAGACGCAUUCCCUCAUCCUCCAGAACCUCAAACCCCGGCAGAGGGGCAAAAAAGAGACAAAGGAGGAGUAUCUGAAGAGUACACGUGGCUGUUUGUUGAGGAGGGUAAUGGCUGGGGACCAGGCUUUGUUGAAAGCUACUGGCAGUAAUCUGCUCAUCCUGAAGGUGUCUCAUUGUCCGAAUCUAUUGACCGAUCGCUCUCUGUGGUUGGCGAGCUGUUAUUGCAGGGCUCUACAGGCUGUCACAUACAGGAGUGCGACAGACCCUGUUGGACAGGAAGUUAUCUGGGCAUUGGGAGCUGGUUGCAGAGACAUCAUCUCACUACAGGUGGCACCUUUGCAUCCAUGUCAGCAGCCAGCACGCUUCAGUAACAGGUGCCUGCAGACCAUUGGCAGAUGCUGGCCACACCUGCGAGCUCUGGGUGUGGGCGGAGCUGGCUGUGGCAUACAGGGAUUGGCUUCUUUGGCGAGGAACUGCAUGAGGCUCCAGGUUCUAGAGUUGGACCACGUCAGUGAGAUAAAUCAGGAAGUGGCUGCUGAGAUGUGCCGAGAGGGACUGAAGGGUCUGGAGAUGCUUGUGCUCACCUCCACUCCUGUUACUCCUAAAGCUCUGCUUCACUUCAACAGUGUGUGCCGUAACCUGAAGUCUAUUGUAGUCCAGAUCGGUAUAGAAGAUUACUUUGAAGACCCUAACAGUCCCGAGGCCAGAAAACUCUUUGAUGAAAUGGUGAACAAGCUGCAGGCACUCAAAAAAAGACCUGGUUUCUCCAAAAUCCUCCAUGUGAAGGCUGAUGGCUUGUGCUAACUCUGCUGUAUUGAGUCCAAGGCCUCAUAUAGGUUCACUGAAUAUUUCAACCUGAUCGAGUCAUUCUCUCCUCGAAGAAACGGGAAAGAAUCAAACACUUCCGCUUCAGUUUAAACUCUAAACACCAGUCUACCACACCAAGACGGGCGCAUAUGUUAGCUUUGUCAGGAUGCAACCAAAUAGAGGAGUCUGUAAAGACAAUACGAACAAUCUCUACGAGAAGGCAUAAUUACUUGCCAUGGAUGCCGUUCCAACAGUCACCCAAUUACAGACUAAGGGUUUUUCUCCUGCUUGCCAAACGCACUAAACUUUUCAUAAGA